CCAGCCUUGGACUGGCCUGUUCUGGUCGACCACCAAUCACACCUCCCGAAGCUCUCCAUAACUCAUCCACAGCCUUGUUUUAGGUUUCGGAGAGAAAACCACAACUACAUAAGGUGCUAUACUACCCUACCUACCUACCUGCCACCUACCAUACGCAUACAUACACACACCUACCUCGCUCGGCCCCCAACGGUGGGCUCCCGCGUGCUAAACCAUGGCUUGGGAUCACCUCUCCAUCACUAAGCCACAUCUGGUCUACAUCAUCUUGGGAGGCUUCACCUCCCUGUUCAUGCUAUGCUCGACCGUCAUCAAAGAGCGUAUGUACAUCGGCGAAGCCACCGUGGCCACGCUCUGCGGUGUCAUCUUCGGACCCUAUGCCGCCAACCUCAUCGACCCGGAAACAUGGGGUAGCGUCGACAUUAUCACCAUCGAGUUCUCCCGCCUCGUCCUGGUCGUGCAGUGCUUCGCCGUCGGUGUCGAGCUGCCCAAGUACUACAUGGAGAAGCACUGGAAAUCCGUCACGUUCCUGCUAAUACCCGUCAUGACCUUCGGCUGGCUCAUCACUAGUCUGUUUAUCUGGUGGCUCAUUGAGCCCCUGAACUUCCUCGAGAGCCUCGUGGUGUCUGCCUGUGUCACCGCCACCGACCCCGUCCUCGCCUCGUCCGUCGUGGGAAAGGGCAAGUUCGCCAAGAGGGUCCCAAAGCACUUGCGCGACCUGCUGUCGGCCGAGUCGGGUUGCAACGAUGGCAUGGCCUUCCCCUUCAUCUACCUGGCCUUGUAUCUCAUCCAUGACAAGCAGAGCGCCAGGGAUGUCUCGUUCCACUGGCUGGUCUACACCGUCCUGUACGAGUGCGUCUUCGGUGCCGUGUAUGGCUUCAUCAUCGGUUACCUCGCCCGCCACGGCAUCAAGUACGCAGAGAAGCGCGACCUGAUCGAUAGGGAGAGCUUCUUGGUCUUUUACUUUGUACUCGCCCUCUUCUGUGCUGGGUCCGGCAGCAUCCUCGGUGUCGACGACCUUCUCGUGGGCUUCGCUGCCGGCGUCGGUUUCUCAAACGACGGCUGGUUCACCCAGAAAACAGAGGAGUCUCACGUCUCCAACGUCAUCGACUUGCUGAUCAACCUGGCCUACUUUGUCUACUUUGGCACCAUCAUCCCAUGGAAAGACUUCAACGACGCGGUCGUGGGUCUGCAAGCAUGGCGUCUGGUCGUUCUCGCCAUAUUCAUCAUUCUUUUCCGCCGGAUUCCUGUCAUGAUGGCGCUGAAACCAUUCAUUCCCGACAUAAAGACCUGGCGCGAGGCCCUCUUCGCCGGUCAUUUUGGCCCCAUCGGCGUCGGCGCUAUAUUUAUCGCAAUGCUAGCACGAGCAGAGUUGGAAUCGGAGAACCCGGUUCCCCUUUCGGUGCUGCCCGAGCCUGGUACCGAGCACUACGCGGUGAUUGCACUGGUUUGGCCAAUUGUCGCCUUCAUCGUUGUCGCAUCCAUCCUCGUCCACGGCUCUUCGAUUGCCGUCUUCACGCUGGGCAAGCACAUCAACACCCUGACCAUCACCAUGUCGUAUACACAGGCCAACGAGGACGGCCCUAGUUGGAUGAACAGGCUCCCUCGUAUUUCAUCACAGUCGCGAUCACAGGCUAAGACCAUGUCCGACACGGACGGUGAUGAACUCAAGCUGCCCGAGUUCCCACCCGGAACGCUGCCCCCUAUUGGCCUUCCCGGGAAUUUCCUGCGUCGUGUUAAGGAGGACGAUAACAGCAGACAUGGAAGCAGGUCAUCCUCGCUCGCAGCGCGGCGACGAAAGAAGAACAAGUGGGACGAUGGCAUCGGACCUGGAGGUCCCAUCACCCAGUCAGCCAUUUUCCCACAACGCCGCAGCCAAUCGGGGCCGCUCUCGCCCGGACUUCCACGCGACAGCACCGACCAAUCCCGGCCGGAUGACGUAUCACCGUCGGGUCCUCUGGAAGAGAAGGGCUCUGGCCGAUCAUCGGCCGAGGCUUACGCGAGCCCGUCCGAGGAACGCAGACAGCCCGUCGAAGUCUACGAUGAAGGCGAGAACAUCAUCAUCGAGAAUCGCGACGGCGAGGUCAUUUCGGUCCUGCCGGCAGAUAGCGAUGAGAAUGUUGCAGACCGGGCCAAGAACCUCGCGACUGAACUCAAGUCGGAAGCCGGGCCUUCGGGCUGGACUUACGAAACUCUGAAGAAGAGAGUCAUGAACUGGCGUGAGGGUGAGGUUGCGAAGAGGAAAGGCAAGGGGAAGACGGUAAAGGGCGAGCCGGCCCGGGCCUUCCAAUUCGGCAACACGAUCAUUGUCGAAAACGAGGACGGCGAAGUCCUCAAGAAAUAUGACCUACCGGCACAAAAGCCACAGCCCGACUUGGUGAGCCAGAGCCUGAAAUACAUGGGCAUGGGGGCCCUCGCCAAGGCCACGGAGAAACCAGGUGCAGAUAUGCCAGCCCAGGGCACGGGGGGCCCCUCCGCGGCAGGCGAGCCUUCCACAGCGCAGCGGCCACGCAAAAAGAGCGUGGUGGAGGAGCAAGAGGAGGACGACAGGCACAUCCGCUUCACGAUCGGCGGUGUUGGCCGGCGCAUGACAAAGGAUGACUUUAUCCACGAAAUCCAAGGGCUGGACAAGACCACCAGGCGUGAGGUGGUGAACAAAUCGGAUGCCUCGCAGGGGUUCAAGGCGCUGGCCAACCUCGAAGCGCCGCCGCAGAUAAUAGUAUCCUCUGCCCAGUCCACCGUCAGCAGAAAAGACCACGCCACCGCCCCCGCCCCCGCCAACCCCGUCACGCAACAGCCCGCAGGCUCAGCCGGCAGCCGGCCUCAAUCGAGCUCCUCGUCCCCGGGCCAGGCAACAUCGUCGUCCGAGGCGCCGAGCAGCGAGUCACCUGAAACGGAGGUGGAGCGCGGGCGACGCUUUGCCGCGCUGAAGGGCGUUGGCGAAGGGGAUGAUGGGCGCGGCGAGAAGGGCAGUCGCGAUAGCGACGAGAGCGAAGAGCAAGGCGAGACGGCUGCGGAACGGCGCCGUAGGGAGGCCGCCCUGGGGAUGGCGCCGCACGCGGACGACGGCGACGACAGCGACGACGAUGAUACCCCCAGAGUGCCGCCGUCGAGGAAGUCGAUCCGGUUCGCGGAUGCUGUGGAGAGAGGGAGGCAGGAGUGAGCGAGUGAGCGAGUGAGUUGGGGUUUUGAGAGCGAUGCGGCUUGCAUGGUAUGAUGUGCAUGGCAUGUUUGGAGUUUUGGGGAUAGAGUUUACGCCGUUGUUUAAUCGUGGCAUGGUGCAGGUGCAGUACGUAGCUGACUGAAGCUAACUACAGUAGCUUGUUGUUUAUUGGUAGCGAGGAAUAGCAAUUGUUGGGUAGAUUUUGAGGAAAAUGCAUGUACAUGGGUCUUCUAUCACGCGAAUUCGGCAUGGAUAUUGAUACCUAAAUAUUACAUUGAAAGUGCAGUGUG